AUGGCGCAGGACUCUUCCUCCGUAUGCCGCAUAUGCCAGACAGGUGAUGCGCCGGUCAUUCGUCCGUGCCAGUGUGAGGGCACCAUGGCAUAUGCGCACCCGUACUGCCUGGCGGAGUGGAUCGCCUCGCGUGGGGAGCUGUCGUGUGAGGUGUGUGGCACAGCCUACACAUUUCAGGUGGCUGUGGAGGACGUGCCACCUCUCGCAUCACUGAGAGGCUUGCAGCUGGCCGGAAAACUCCUUGUGCUGCGACCGUUGCAGCGCCUGUGCGGCGUCUUCUUCACACCGCUUCAGGUGCUCGUGUGUUGUCUCGUCGUCCUGCUGGUCAGCGCAGGGAUGUGGUACAGCUGUUUGGUGUACGUGGUGCUCCACCACAGGGCCCUCACCGAGUUGGCGAUCUCUACCGAGCUCUUCUACAUCUUUGGUGCCGCGAUCACCAUUGUACCGCUUGCAGUACUCUGGGCCUUUGAGCAGUUUCGAGUGUGGGUGUUUCUGCACGAGGACUACGUCAGCGGCCUCCCACCGGAGACGCCCCUGCAGGCACCCGCGAUUCCCGCCCUAGAUGACGCGGCCACAUCCGCUUUGAACGAGGCAUUCAUGCGAUGUAGUGCAGAGUCACAGAGUGUUGCGCGCCACCGCUACGUUACCGUUGCCGAAGUGCAGAUGAACAAACGUGCAACACUGCAGCUUCUCAAAGCCAAAGUGCGCGCCAGCCGAGGUCUCGCUCGGCAGCUCAACGUCUGGAGCUUCGGUCCUGUUCGGUACGCUGCAAAGGUACUGUUCGUGCACAUGAUCGCUGCCAGCGCUGUUGUCCUCGGGCACGUCUCCCUGAGUAAUCUCAAGUUGCUUUGCCACGGCGCCGCCGCAUUGUGUAGCAGCUUGCUUCCGCCGGUGGACCCCUCGCUGCACCUUCAAGCGGCUACAGCCGUAACGUCCGCCACAGUGCCGCCGUACGUGUACUGGGUCACCGCAUUCGUGGUGGGGUUGAUGGAGUGGCCGCACAUCCUGCGCGCUGCGGCGUGGUGCCAGCGAGUCGUUGAUGGACGACUGUCGCGCCCCCUCUUUCUCUGCAGCCUCUUCACCCGCAGCACCGCCUUGCUUCUUGUUCUGGUCCUUGCGUGGGCCACUGUAAUUCCUAUCGUCGCGUACGUGUGCCUUUUCCCUUUCUUUGUGGAGGGCGACCUCGCCGUACUGAUGGAGCGCCGUGAAGCGUGGCAGGUUCUUCGCACCGAGGACCUCCUUCCGCUCCAUUGCAAUGAUGCGGCACGCGACCCCGCAUCUGCCGCGAAGCCCCUCAUACAGCCACUCAACGUGGCACGAGCACUUUUCACUGUCCUCCCUGAUGUCUGGCGAGGUGAGUGCCCGCCGCUGUUCGAUACCGCGACAUGUGGGCUGGGGGUGUCUCAAGGAUCUGCACUCCCGUCCCCGGCGUCUUUAGCUGAGUUCCUGUGGUACGGCGCUGGGGUGCUGAUGCGAAUUUCAUCCUUCUCCACAUGGCUGACGCUCAUUGGGUCGAUGCAAACCACUUUGCUGUGGCUGCUCAUGGGCACCUUUGUGAUGCUUUCGCCAUACACGCUAUUCGCCCAGGACCUUGCGGAGAAUGAGUUCUUCUUUGCCUUCCUCCGGCUGUACGGACGUGGCUUCUGGCGGACGCUGCUGGAGGUGCCGCUGCUUGUGGCUCUGUACACGGCAACCGUUGGCUUUGGCGCGUUUGUCAGUCUGCACCACCUAUUCCCCGAGGCGUUUCCAAAGUCUCUGACGUACCUUUCCCUCUACUCGCUCGAGAAGCAGGAUAUACACUUCCACUUCCUGUACUGCUGGUUGAGCAUUCUGAGGCGGCUGCAGACGUCCGUGAGGGGGUGGCUGCGCAGCUGUUUCCUCUACCCUACCGUCACGACUCCCGAGGGACAACAGCGGAGAGGCCAGGGGGUGGAGCGCGCCGCUUACGCCGCCUGUUUGGUGUGCGCCAACGUACUGAUUGGUGCAAUGGUAGAGUGGGCCUCGUGGAGUUUGUGGUUUCCCUUUCUCGGGUUCGCCCUCAGCGUCCUGCGCGUCGCCCACCAUGGUGGCAAUUUAAACGCCGCGUUUCCGCAGCUGCGCCGCGGCGUGCAAAACUGGAAGAUGCAGGCGGUCAUGCUGUGCUUCUACGGUGCCUCAGUGGACUUCACCAGAGUCGAGACCUGCAUGUGUCGGCGACUCGUACGCGUCAAACCGAGUCGAGUGGUGCGGGAGCUGUUGCAGGGAGCUAGCGGGCGGAACGACAGGAUGCUGGUGCAGCUGUUGUCGUCGCUCUCCGAUUUCCACAGCAACGGCGCAGUCGUGUGCUCGCGCGACACACUUCGACGACUCACCACAAAGACGGUGCAGCAUGUCGCCACACUGCCGCGCUUGAGCGUGGCCGCCCUCCUUGGAGUGGCUGUGCCGCUUCUAGUGUGCUCGCAGUGGCACCUGAACUAUGUGGACCGUAUUGCGGCAGACUACAUUGUCCUGCCGUUGUGGUUCUGCUUGCUGCUCCGCUGGAUAACGGGUGUGCUGGCAGUAGGGACGUGGGCACUGGUCGAAGGACUGUUCCUGCGCACUUCCCUCUUUCGUCGCUGCCUCGAGUACGCACCGCAGCUGAUCGAAGGGCCCCCGUCGCUGGAAGCUGUCCACGCGGUUUUGCUUCCUUUAGUCAUUCACAGCGGCCUCGUGCGGCUCACUAUCGCCGCGCUCACCUCUCUCUCCGACGGGAGUGUGCUUCCAACGUACGAACAACUGUUGGUACUGUCAGCGCUACUGCUUCUCAGACUCACGCACCGCCCGACGCAGCUGCACAAUGCCAGCUUUGACAGGCUUGCUCGCCUUCAGAUGCACCGGAUCAUCAUGCAGUUGCUGUCAGGUCAUGCUGCCCCGCCUGCCCCACCAGAGCCUACAGGCGACGCUGGCGAGCCAGCCGCUCGCGAUGAAGAGGGUGGUGCACAACCGCCGCUGCAGGAGCAGCACAUGCAACCUGAACUACAGUCACCGCCUGUUCAGGAAGUCGCCGUUGCCAAGCCGUCGAGAAUUGCUCACCUGCGCGCGCGCUAUGCCCGCUGGGUGGUGUCACAGACUCCUAGUGAUGUCGUGCUUGCCGCCUACACGCAAUCGCCAUUCUCACAGGGCGGGGCUACUGGAUCAUGA